AUGGGUAGUAAUAGAGAUUCAUUUUUUGAUGAUGGUGUUGCCAGUGGUGAAAGACGCUCAGAAGAAGAUCAAACACCUUCAGUUCCAGCUACAAGAAAACAUCUAUCAGAUGAUAUUAAAACUACUGAAAUACUGGAAGAUCCAAUUACCGUACCACAUUCAUCAUUACGACGUUCACCGUCGUCACGUGCAUCAUCAUCAUCAUCAUCAUCAUCAUCACAAUCAUCGUCUUCACGUUCACCAUCACCACCACAACCAAUGGUUUCACAACCAAAAACAGUUACUGAAGAAGUUCAUGAAAGAAAAUCUUCAUCUAGUAGUUCAACAUCCUCAACAGUUUCAUUCGAAUCAGACGAAGUCGAUGCCUUUACCGAUAAGUUAUUUGGUGGCAACCCGGCGGCGGUAUGCCCAUUAGACAAGUGGUUACCAGAUUCAUUGAUGCAACAAAUUGCUGCUGAAAACAAUCUCGCAGAAACAGCUUUUUUCGUGCCAAAUUCCAAUAACGACGGAUAUGAACUUCGGUGGUUUACACCCGAACUGGAAAUGGAUCUUUGCGGCCAUGCGACAUUAGCGGCUGCACAUAUCAUUUUCACUGAAAUGUCUUCAAUGAAUGCAGAAAUCAACUUUCUGACCAAGAAAGCUGGUGAACUGAGAGUAAUCCGCCAAAAGGAGGAUGCUUUAUAUACCCUUGAUUUUCCAGCCCGACCAGCAGCAAAAGUCGAUUUACCUGAUGGAUUGUUGUCAGCGCUAUGCAGCAAUGUAACUCCCAUCGAAGUUUAUAAAGCGAGAGAUCAUAUGCUCGUUUAUGAAAAAGAGGCUGAUGUUAAACAAUUGUCGCCGGAUUUUAUGGCGUUAGUUAAAAUUGAUAGCGUUUUUGGUGUGAUUGCUACUGCUCCUGGUGAUGAAGUUGAUUUUGUUUCGAGGUUUUUUGCGCCCAGUGCCGGCGUUCCUGAAGAUCCUGUUACUGGUUCAGCACAUUGCAGUCUAAUCCCUUAUUGGGGUGAACGGUUGGGUAAAAAUCAGCUGCAUGCUUACCAGAUUUCGGCACGUAAAGGAGAACUUUGAAUAUGCUGUACUGCUCAACAAUUAUAUUCAAAUGAUAAUGAAUUUCAUGAUUUAUCUCUUUGUGUUCGACAUAAUCGUGCAAAACUAGGAAAUCUUCGUAUUGGUGAUUCAAUAGUUAAUAUUCAAUUAUUAAAUAUGAAUGGUGAAUUCGUUUCAAUAUUAUCUUAUUUUCAUUUAAAUCGUCCAUUAUUAAUUAUUGUUGGUUCAUACACUUGA